GAAGGAAUUCGUGUAACACUCAUUGUACAGCGUGUGUUCCACAUUACGGCUUGUUCUAGUAAUGUAACGCAUCCAUACAAGAGGAGAAGCAAAUAACAUAUGUGUUGUCAGAUACGUCCAUACUUAACGCCAUGAUGGAUGCGGUGUUCCAGGCACCCAAACGGCGGCCCAGAGUGUAUGAGGCGUACGACGCCCCGUUUCCUGUCCCUCUCGCUGCGGGGGAUGCGAGGCUGCAGCAGACCAUCAUCUACAGAGCAGAUAUGGUCAACCAGCAUGUCGUUGUUAGGGACCCUGAACACAUACAAGCUCUCUACGGCAAGGGUUACUUUGGUAAAGGCAUCUUGUCAAGAAGCAGACCAGACCACAGUAUCUCACAGCAAUGGGAAAAGUUUGGUGAGAGAGUCCUACCCGUCAUCUCCCUGUUCAAGUACCAGAAGCAUUUGAGCUGGGCACGGGACGUACUCCUAGCUCAAGGAUUGGAGGAGGAGGUUGUCAAUCAGAUGCUGCAGAGACUUUGUCAGCCAAUGGAGCCAGAGCUCAGAGAGGAAAAUGGAAAUGAUGACUGCCCAGCCAGCCCUCACAGGAGUGAGGAAACAGGGGCAGGUGAACCCCAGGACAUGGCCUCCGAGCAGACAGGGGCAGGUAAACCCCAGGACAUGGCCUCCGAGCAGACAGGGGCAGGUAAACCCCAGGACAUGGCCUCCGAGCAGACAGGGGCAGGUAAACCCCAGGACAUGGCCUCCGAGCAGACAGGGGCAGGGAGACAGCAGGACAUGGCCUCCGAGCAGGCAGGGGCAGGGAGACAGCAGGGCCAGGCAUCAGACUCCUGGAGCCCAGAGGAUCAGGGGGAGCAGGACAGUCAGUGUUCCCAAGCUAAGAGGCCUAGGAGUGAAGGAGAUGGUCGGUUCGACCCACUGUCUGAGCUUUACACCCGGGAGCCCCAGCAGAUAGACCCAGCGGCCCUGACUACGGUCCGGUGCCCCAGGCAUGAUGACUGGCUGGUUGACUGUGGCUGUCGCCUGGAGGACAGCGUGCUGGAGACCCUCACCCUGCAGAGAGACAGACAGACAGACGCAGGCCGACAGGGGGCAGACCGUGGGUAUGAGUAUGUACUGGUGAUGGAGGAGGAAGAGGAGAAUAGUGUUGUCAAGCAGGGCAGAGCAGGGCCAGGGAUGACAGUGAGGAGAGUGUGUAGAGUCAACCCCUUCAGGCUGCUAGAGUACCUUCAACUGACUCUGGAGGAGGCUUUCUUCUUGGUCUAUGCAUUAGGAUGCCUUUCAGUUUACUACAAUGAGGAACCAUUAUCGGUGCUCCAGCUGUGGGAGAUUUUCCGGUCGGUCCAACCCCACUUUGAGACGUCAUACAUGGCCUACCAUUACUUCCGCAGCAGGGGGUGGGUGCCCAAGCCUGGGGUGAAGUACGGGACUGACCUCAUGCUUUACCGAAAAGGACCACCUUUCUACCAUGCAAGUUACUCUGUGGUGGUGGAGAAGGUAGACCAGCCAUGUAGGGGAGGGGCUCUCCGUCCGUUCAGCUGGAGGUCUCUUGCUGCUCUCAGCAGGAUUACCGGCAACGUUUCCAAGGACUUGAUGCUGUGCUACGUCAUCUACCCAUCUCACCUGACAGAGGAACAGCUCUCCUCUCCAGACUGUCUCUGCAGGGUCACAGUUCAGGAGAUUAUUUUAAGCAGAUGGAUAUCAUCACGAGAGCGGACAGAGACGGACGACAUAUGAGUUUUUUUUUUGUCUGCUGUGUAAAUAUACAGCUCCUUCAGAAAGUAUUCACACCCUUUGACUUUUUCCACAUUUUGUUGUUGCAGCCUGAACUUAAAAAUGGAUAACAUUUCGAUUUCGUGUCCCUGGCCUUAACACAAUACCCCAUAAUGUCAAAGUGGAAUUAUGUUUUUUAAUAAAAAUGUAAACUGAAAUGUCUUGAGUCAGUAAGUAUUCAACCUCUUUGUUAUGGCGAUCCUGAAUCGUUUCAGAAGGUCACAUGUUGCUUAACAAGUCACAUAAGUUGCAUGGACUCUGUGUGCAACAUGACUUUUGAAUGACUACGUCAUCUCUGUACUACACAUACAAUUAUCUGUAAGGUCCCUCAGUCGAGCAGUGAAUUUCAAGUACAGAUUCAACCACAAAGGCCAGGAAGGUUUUUCAAUGCCUCGCAAAGAAGGGCACUUAUUGGUAGAUGUGUAAUAAAAAAUACAUUUUAAAAGCAGACAUUGAAUAUCCCUUUGAGCAUGGUGAAGUUAUUAAUUACACUUUAGAUGCUGUAUCAAUACACCCAGUCACUACAAAGAUACAGGCGUCCUUCCUAAGUCAGUUGCCGGAGAGGAAGGAAACCGCUCAAGGAUUUCACCAUGAGGCCAAUGGUGAUUUUAAAACUGUUUAAUGGCUGUUUGGGGCAAGUCCAACACAACACAUCACUGAGUACUACUCUUCAUAUGUUCACGCAUGGUAGUGGCUGCAUCAUGUUAUGGGUAUGCUUGCCGUCGGCAAGGACCAGGGACUUUUCUAGGG